UUACGCCAAGUAUCUCUUGUGGAAGUUGUAGGAUGUACGUUGAACAUAUGUUUCACUGGAUAUUACAUAAUUAUGGAAUGGGAUAACGACUUUGCAAUAUAUCUAACAUAUAUUGUUCUGCUCAUGAAUUUCACCUUCAAUCUUUUCGUAUUUUGUUAUAUAGGUGAACUUGUUGCCGAGCAGUGCAAGAGGGUUAGUGAAAUAUCAUACAUGAUCGAUUGGCAUCAUCUACCAGGAAGGAAAGCUCUGGCUAUUAUAUUAAUGAUUGCGAUGUCCAAUUCAUCAGUUAAACUUACUGCUGGGAAUAUCAUUGAGUUAUCUAUGAGCAGUUUUGGUGAUGUGAUUAAAACAUCAGUUGGCUAUUUAAAUAUGUUACGUACACUAACUACUUAA